CCAACUCCGUAAAUAUAUUACAAAAAUCCCAACAUAUACACAGAAUGCUAUGUAUAUGUUGGUUAUAUCAUGUCUAUUAAUAGGGAAAGAAAGUAAAAUAAUUUAAAAAGUGAGAGAGAGUAAUUAAUUUUAAAAGGAUUGGUAUUUAUACAAAAAUCUAAGUUUGUAAUUAGUACAUUUGGCCCCUUAAAAUUAUCUAAUUUUUAUAUAGUUUUGGUGGUCAAAUGCUAUGUUUUUCCUGUUCAGAAUUGGGGCUCAUCCCGGAAAGGCCCAACCCAAUAGAAAAGCAAAGUUUUGCUUGGUCUCUGCACAAAUCUUUGUCGUCGUCGUCCUCGUUUUUCUUCUGACAAGUAUUAUCAGAGAUCCGAUUCUCCCCCCUCUCGCACACUUUCUCUCUCGCUCCUUUCAAGUAUUAUAAUUGAGAAGAAAAUAAAGAAAAUAUGGGGGUGAAGCAAGUUGUAAGAGCAUUGGAUGCUUUUCCACGUGCUGAAGAGCAUUUGUUACAAAAGACUAAAUCUGGCGCCUUUGUUUCCAUUGUGGGGAUGGUUAUCAUGUCAACGUUAUUUUUGCAUGAACUGAGUUACUAUCUUAAUACGAUUACUGUCCAUCAGAUGGCUGUUGACUUGAGACGUGGAGAGAAUCUCCCCAUACACAUCAAUAUGACAUUUCCCUCAUUACCUUGUGAUGUUCUAAGCGUGGAUGCCAUUGAUAUGUCGGGGAAGCAUGAAGUCGACCUUGAUACAAACAUAUGGAAGCUUCGUUUGAACAGUGAGGGCCAUAUAACUGGAACUGAAUAUCUGUCAGACCUUGUGGAAAAGGAACAUAAAUAUGAUGACCAUAAAGGCAAUCACGAUGAUUCAGAUAAUAAAGUUCAUCUGCAAGGGUUCGAUCGAGAUGCUGAAAAUAUGAUUAAGAGGGUCAAGCAAGCAUUGGCUAAUGGGGAGGGAUGCAGAGUCUAUGGUGUUUUGGAUGUCCAACGCGUUGCUGGAAAUUUCCAUAUAUCUGUUCAUGGGUUAAACAUUUUUGUUGCUCAAAUGAUUUUUGGAGGUACUACUCAUGUCAAUGUGAGCCAUAUCAUCCAUGACUUAUCAUUUGGGCCCAAAUACCCAGGUAGUCACAACCCACUUGAUGGAACAGAACGAAUUCUGCGUGGGGCAAGUGGAACAUUUAAAUAUUACAUUAAGAUUGUUCCCACCGAAUAUAGAUAUCUAUCAAAAGAAGUUUUGCCUACUAAUCAGUUCUCUGUAUCGGAAUACUUCUCUCCCAUCAAUGAGUUUGACCGGACAUGGCCAGCUGUAUAUUUCUUAUAUGAUUUAUCACCAAUUACUGUGACCAUCCGAGAAGAACGUCGCAAUUUUCUGCACUUUAUCACUCGGCUCUGUGCAGUACUGGGUGGUACUUUUGCCCUGACAGGCAUGCUAGAUAGAUGGAUGUACAGGUUGCUUGAAGCAGUUAUGAAGAAAAACAGCAGAAGUCUUGUGCGGUAAUUUAAGUUUACCUAAUGACAUCGCAUUACAGAGUAAUAUUCAGUCGAAGGAUUUCGUAAUCCCAGAGCACUAGCACUAUACGUUGGCAUUUUAGCUAUAAGGAAGAUCGAUCAAUGAGGCUUGUGUAUAUUAUGUUACCUGUGUAUUUUCUUCUCUUAGUUUUUCAAUCCUUUAAUUUUGGUAGCACUUUACACAAGUAUGCCCUGCUGUACUCAAUCCAUUCUAGCAGUCAGAGAAAAGAUUUACUCACUGGUUACUGUAACAUAAUUUAGUUUUUAGUGCAAAGAAAAUGAACACUUCCGGGUUUUAUUGCUCCA